UCAGCUCCGGUGAGAAAAAACUUUGUUGUUAUUGCCUGUUAGUACAACACAUGUCAUGGAUGUCUACCAGGAUGAGAAGAUCGAGCUCGCUGCAAGAAGGAUUUUUAUCGUCUCUUUGAUUUCAGGUGGUUUGGCCGGCACUUUAGUGGACAUUGCAUUGUUUCCCAUUGACACUCUUAAAACUAGAUUACAAAGUGAAAGAGGCUUUUUGCAAUCUGGGGGUUUUAGACAGCUGUACAAAGGAUUGUCGCCAGUUAUAUUAGGAUCUGCACCUACAGCUGCUCUAUUUUUCGUUACUUACGAGAGUUUAAAAAUGUUACUUGAGCACAGAGUACCAAAAGAGUACUCUCCACUUGUUCACAUGGGUGCUGCAUCAUUUUCGGAAGUAGCGUCUUGUCUCAUUCGUGUACCUGUUGAAGUUGUGAAACAGAGAAAACAAGCUUUACUGCCAGAUCACAGACAUUUCAGUAUUAGAUUGCUUUAUAGAGGAUAUUGGAGCACAGUCUUGAGGGAUAUGCCCUUCAGCCUUAUUCAGUUUCCUAUCUGGGAAUAUUUUAAACAAGUAUGGGGUGAAUAUGCUCAGAGAGCUAUUUAUCCUUAUGAGGGGGCACUUUGUGGGGCAGCUGCUGGAAGCAUUGCUGCUGCCAUUACAACGCCUCUUGACGUUGCCAAGACUAGAAUAAUGCUGUCAUGUAAAAGUGUUGAAAAGUCGUCAGAGUUGACAGUGUGGGAAGUUUUAUCGUCGAUUCACAGAAUAAAUGGAAUAAGAGGCUUAUUUUCUGGCAUAGUGCCAAGAGUUACUUGGAUAUCUAUUGGGGGUUUUAUUUUUUUUGGAGUGUAUGAGAAAUCUAAAGCAUUACUGUCGUAAAACUCAAUGUAACAAGUAGACACUACUGAUGACGUUUUGUUGAAAUUACAAAAAUCAGAAUAAUGCGCUACCUUACUGUGAUCAUCUUUUCUCAAAUCAGUUGAUAGCAAUGUAUUUCCUAUUAUAUGUAUACGAAACAUAUUAUGUACAUUCUUAUAAUUUUUGCGUUACUUUUGUUAAAUACUUAU